GUUGGUUGUGUGUGACCGCGCAUGCAACACCAAUGGUCUUGGAACCAAGACUAAAGCAUAUGCGCCAUUAAUUGAGGUCCCGAGAAUUGAACAGAUUGGGGGAAUGCAGAGCAUCACAAAACAAUAGUUUGCUGGCGAUAGCACGGGAUUUGGGCUUGAGUCAAGUCUAGCGCGACAACGGCUCUAGCUAAAGGCCUACACACACUACUCCAUUGCUGAAUCCGAUUUAAUACUUGCUCAAAAUACAAGGUAAAUUAGUGCAGCCGCCAUGAUCAAACAGAUUUUACUGGUGUCUGCACUGGCAGUGGUGGCGUACAUCGUCCUACUACCCGUACCACAGGAAAUAGAAAAACCAUGGACACUGAAGAUGAUAACACUGGUUAUGAAAGUGAUGUUUUUCAUUGGGAACUCCUUCCCGUCGACAAUGAAGAAACUCGACGAGCGUUUUCGACCUGGAAUGCGUGAGAAGGGUCCAAACGUUCCCUACACAGACACCGAGUUUGACGGGGUACUCGUUCGAGUAUUUGAUGAUCAAAAGACUGGGGAGAUUUCCACCAAGCGCCCGGCGAUCGUUUUCUACCACGGUGGUGGCUGGCGACUCGGCCACAUCGACAUGCAACACGGGUUGCUCUCGGAGUACGCGAGAACUUUGGGUGUUGUGAUCGUCUCUGUCGAAUACCGCUUGGCCCCAAAGUACAUUUUCCCUGCUGCCAUAGAUGACUGUACAACAGCUACAGUUGCUUUCUUACGUCGCCUUGAAGAGUUCACUGUCGAUCCAGCUAGAGUUGCUGUCAUGGGUGACAGUGCUGGAGGAAACCUUGCUGCAGCUGUCGCUCAAAGGUUGACCUUUGACCCUAAGUAUGAGGGGUUACCCAAGCUGAAACUGCAGGUAUUGAUUUACCCUGCCUUGCAGGCGUUUGAUUUGCAGCUUCCAUCGAGCCAGCAGAAUGGCGACUACUCCACUUUAGUUCUGGACCGUUUGACGACAGUAGAAUUCAUGGCGAUCUACCUCAACAACAAACCGCAUCUUAAAACUGCAAUAUCGCAAAACAAGCACACAACUCGACAAGCGAAGAUGUCACCUAAGAUACAAAAGUUGCUCUCACACGAUUAUAUCCCUGAUGAGUUCAAACAGAGUGGCUAUACAGCACCACCAGCAGUCGAUGGCGACCAUGAGUUGUACGAGGAGCUACAUCCGGUUCUUAUGAAUCCAGACUUUGCUCCUCUUAUGCGAGAAGAUCUUCAAGGUCUACCGGAGGCGUACAUCUUAACGGCUCAGUUUGAUGUAUUGCGAGAUGAUGGCAUCAUCUAUGCUAAACGUCUUGAAGAGGCAGGCGUUAAAGUCACAUGGAAAAACUACAAGAAUGGCUUCCAUGGCAUGUUUGGACAACAAGACACUCCACUCAACUCACCAUCUGGGAUUGUGGCCGACGAAGAUUUCAUGAAAUUUAUCAGGGAAAAUCUGUAAUGGACUUAAAGGACUAACGUCUGCCAAAGAGGGGGUUCAGGUCCCGGGUAGACUUGUGGGUAACUCUUUAAUGGUCUUACUGUGCUAGGUUCUCCCCCACUGCCAAAUAAAAAAAUGUUGGUAUACCGGGGAGCCAAUGAAAGUGGAGCCUUCACACAUUGUGUAAUUACUGGUGUUAUACCCCCUCAAAUAAAGGUUGUAAUCUUUUUUAAGUAAAAAGACUGAAUUAGUGAAAGUCCAGCUAAAAUACUAAGAUCUCACAAAGCUGUCAGAGUUAUCAUGAUAUUUAAUGCAGUAGUGUCAUAAUUAAAACACGUGUUUAGAAAGUAGGUUUUUUAGCCAGCAGGUGACAGCAGGUUGUAACAAAGCAUCAUGUCUGAUCUAUAGAAUGAUGUACAAAGUAAAUAAAUUUUAAAACACAACUUUUUUUCCUUUUUGUAUGCAAGUCGCCAGACACACAAGCCCUGAAGGCCACU